CAGUUGCUCUUUACAUUUCUCUGGUAUAAAAGGAAAGGGUUAAACCAGGUGGGAGCAGGAGCAACAACUCAUCUGCAGCCAUCAUGAGCAACCCCGACAUGAACAUGAGGGGCAAGAUCAUCUUCUACGAGGAGAGGAACUUCCAGGGUCGCCACUAUGAGUGCAUGAGCGACUGUGCUGACAUGUCCUCCUACAUGAGCAGGUGUCACUCCUGCAGGGUGGAGAGUGGAUGCUUCAUGGUCUACGACCGCCCCAACUACAUGGGAAACCAGUAUUUCUUCAGGAGGGGAGAGUACGCUGACUACAUGAGCAUGAUGGGAUGGAGGGACUACAUCAGGUCUUGCCGUAUGAUUCCCAUGUACAGGGGAUCCUACAGGAUGAGGAUCUAUGAGAGAGAGAACUUCGGUGGUCAGAUGCAUGAGUGUAUGGACGACUGUGACUCGAUCAUGGACCGCUACCGCAUGUCUGACUGCAUGUCUAGCCACGUGAUGGAUGGUCACUGGCUGAUGUAUGAGCAGCCCCACUACAGAGGCAGGAUGAUGUACCUGAGGCCUGGAGAGUAUAGGAACUUCAGGGAGAUGGGAUAUGGAGGCAUGAGGUUCAUGAGCAUGAGGAGGAUCAUGGAUUCCUGGUAUUAAAUACAUAAUGCUAAUGCUGGUGAAUAAAAGUAUUUUUGAGA